AUGCUGUACACGCUCACCCGCCGCCCGCUCUCUCCUCUCUCCGCAGGCAAGGGCAACUACUGGACUCUGGACCCCAACUGCGAGAAGAUGUUCGACAACGGCAACUUCCGCCGCAAGAGGAAGAGGAAGUCCGACCUGGCGCAGAGCGAGAGCUCCGGGGGCUCUCUGGGCUCGGAGUCGGGGGAGAGCAGCCCCAAGGCGCCCAGCGGCCUCAUCGACAUCGCCGACCCGGGGGCGACCCCCGAGAGAGGCCCCUCCCCUUCCUCCUCGGGCCCCUCGCCCUGCCUCAGCAGCUUCCUGUCGGGCAUGUCCACCGUGACGGCGGGGGCCGGCGGCGGAGCAGGCGCAGGCGGAGACCCCGUGAGCCGAGCCCUGCCCCUGGGGCUGGCGGGGGCGGAGGGGCCCCCCAGGUCCAACCAGGCCCCCAGGAGCUUCAGCCCCUACUCCCCCAGCUGCCUGCCCCCUCUCCCAGACUGGAGCGCCCCCCUGCCCCCACCUGCCCCCCUUACCUCCUCGCCCUCCUCCAUGGGCUACAGCAGCUCCGUGCUCAGCCAGCUCAACAGCCACUUCUACCCCAGCCUGGGGGGGGGCGGGGGCUUGCUGUACCCCCGGGAGGGCUCCGAGGUGUAGGGAGAGAGGCACCGACAGACUCACCAGCAGGCAAAGGGAGGGUGGGGAGUGCUCAUUUUCAUCUGGCGCGGCUCUAUGUGUUCGGGCAAUGACAUGUUGGGGAGCGUGCUCAGAAUUGGGCGAGUGCACGUCCGGAGCGGGGGAACGAGGACUCAGCCCCCCUCGGGGCUCCACCGCCUCGGCCCGCACCGCGUUUUCUUCCAGCGACCCGUCCAGAGGGAGAGAGAGCGCCGGUCUGUUUAGACGCUCGCCGACGUCAUCUCUCCGCGCCGGCAGGACGGCUCACCGGUUAGUCCGGCGGAAACCAGCCGUCGGUCGUUCCCUGGAGCUCUGCGGUAACGCAACGGCGACCGAAGACGCAGAGGUGACUCGGACUCAUUUCAGCCACUCUCUCGCUGUAAAACCGCCAGUUUCUUCAUUUCCUCUUCAGUCAAAGUGAAACGAAAGCUUUGCCAGGACAGCUGAAGCGUGUAUGAUUGUGUACCUGAUUUGUCAAUGGUUUCUUUGUGACGUUUUUACUACUUUUUCCAACUCCUCUUUGCAGUGGGGAAGUGGGAAUCAGAAUAAAAGUUACAAUUCCACAAUGGCUAUGUACUGUGAAGACACAUGGCAUUUCUGAGGGUGGGGGGCAGGGCUUGUGAGUGACCUCUAACCCCAGUGCCUUAUUCUAGUCCUGUACAGCAGUUUGUGCUUGUGAUGUAUUUCCAAGCCUGUGUAAAGGCUGACCUUUUCCUGGGCAAAAUGGGUUUGAUGCUUUUUUUGUAAUAAAAAAGUUUUUUAAAACAAUGUGUGUGUGUUGGGCU